AUGUCAAAUAAUCAAGAACAAAAAGUUAUUUCUUAUACCAAUGCUGAAUUGGGACCGUUACCUACAAACCCACCUACCUUACCUCAUCAUGCUCUUGAAUUAUUUUCUCUCAAGGGUAAAGUUGCAUCAGUUACUGGAUCUUCAGGUGGUAUUGGUUGGGCAGUUGCCGAAGCUUAUGCACAAGCAGGAGCUGAUGUUGCUAUUUGGUAUAAUUCUAAUCCAUCUGAAGAUAAAGCCGAACAUUUAAUUGAAACUUAUGGUGUUCAUGUAAAAGCAUAUAAAUGUAAUAUUAGUGAUCCUGAAGAAGUUAAAAAAACUAUAAAACAAAUUGAAAUUGAUUUUGGUACAAUUGAUAUAUUUGUUGCUAAUGCUGGUAUUGCUUGGACUGAUGGACCUGAAAUUGAUGUAGAAGGAUAUGAUAAAUGGAAAAAAAUUAUUGAUUGUGAUUUAAAUGGAGUCUAUUAUUGUUGUCAUGAAGUUGGACAAAUAUUUAAAAAGAAUAAAUCUGGUAGUUUGAUAAUCACUUCUUCAAUGUCUGGCUCUAUUGUUAAUAUUCCCCAAUUACAAGCUCCAUAUAAUGCAGCUAAAGCAGCUUGUACACAUUUAGCUAAAUCAUUAGCUGUUGAAUGGGCAAGUUUUGGUGCUAGAGUCAAUUCUAUAUCACCAGGUUAUAUUGUAACUGAAAUUGCACAAUUUGCCGAUAUUGAAAUGAAAAAGAAAUGGUGGCAAUUGACCCCAUUGGGUAGAGAAGGAUUACCUCAAGAGUUGGUAGGUGCUUAUUUAUAUUUAGCUUCAAAUGCUUCUACUUUCACCACAGGGGCAAAUAUUGCUGUUGAUGGGGGUUACACAUGUCCAUAA